AGAAAAUCGCUAAUCUUGGGUUCUUCAUUACAAGAUUGUUCUGCCGUUCUGCAUUUCGGUUAUUCUGUUUCGAUUCGUCUCGUGAGCAUUAUAGAAUAGCAGGCUUGAUCCUUUCGAAACGCAUCAACAUAUGCGGAUGAGAUGUCAACAGCGGUAGUAAACUUCAAGGCGAAUGCUUCGGGAGGCGAUGAUCGGGGUGAGCCCCAACAGACCGGUGAGAAACAGAAGCUCGGUCAUCGCCGGAUCGAUGAGCAAGGAGAGGGCAGAGAGCUAUUCAAUAUAAAACCUGCCGAUUUCUUGAGAUCUACAUGUACGGAACCGUUGCGAGAAUUGUCGAACGCUGGUGCCUCAGGAUCGAUUUUUUAUGUUUCACAAGAUGAUCAGUUUAUUAUAAAAACCGUACAACACAAAGAAGCGGAUUUUCUACAGAACUUGUUACCCGGGUAUUAUAUGAAUCUCCAACAAAAUCCAAAGACGUUAUUGCCGAAGUUUUUUGGAUUAUUUUGUUACCAGAGUUUGGGUAAGAAUAUUCGUUUGUUAGUGAUGAACAAUUUACUGCCCCAAAAUGUAACGAUGCAUGAGAAAUAUGAUCUCAAGGGAUCCACUUACAAGCGAUUAGCUUCGAAAAUGGAAAGGGCAAAGGCCUCCCCUACUCUGAAGGACUUAGAUUUUCUCGAAAAUCAUCCACAUGAAGGCCUCAUAAUGGAUCCAGUCUCGUAUGAUAGUUUAUUGCGAACGAUAAGCCGCGAUUGCCUUGUUUUGGAAGCUUUCAAAAUCAUGGACUAUUCGUUAUUAGUUGGUAUACACAAUGUUGAGUUGACACCAGGUGGUCGAAAUCAGGCGUCACGGCAAGACAGCGAAGACGACAUGGAACAAGUUGAUGAUUUACCCAGUACUAGUCGAGGAGAAGGGGAGCCACGGAAAAAGCCACUGCAAACCAAAUUUUCUGUAUGGGAUCAAUCCGAGUUUGAAGCUUCUGUUCCGCCAGGAGGGGUUCCGGCGAGGAAUUCUAACGGCGAUAGAUUGAUUUUAUUCUUAGGAAUAAUCGACAUUCUUCAAAAUUAUCGAUUAUUGAAGAAGAUGGAGCAUACAUGGAAGGCUAUCUUGCAUGAUGGGGACUCCAUUUCUGUCCACAACCCCAGCUUCUAUGCUCAACGUUUCUUAUCCUUCAUGACCGAACAUGUAUUUAAGAAAGGACCAGCUUUAAAACAGUCACCAUCGCGGCGUCGUCCGCGGAAAAGCGUUGGAGACGAAGAUGCGCCUAUUUCUACUCGUGAUAUCAAUCCGGUAAUUAGUACAAGUGUUCCUCGUCCAUCAGUGCGGACAGCAUAUCGAAACAACUCGGAGAAGAAGGAGAAAAAGCCGGAACGACUGUUUGCAAGCUCAAAUCGAACAGACGAGCAAGAGGUGCUUCAAGAGGAAGAAGACGAGUUUAUCUUUGUCGAGCGCGAACCGUCGAUGACGAUAUCGCCAGAGCUUCUCGAUGAAAUCCCCUUCAUAGAUGAACAGCUACAAGAACAAGAACAAGAACAACGAUAAAGAACGCCACAUACGGGAAACGAGAGAGUGCGCAACAACAACAGCAGCAGAAACAGCGCACAUUCGUAACAAGAUGUCUUGCGUAGUGUGCUUCUGCUUUGCCUUCACCACCUAGUGUUUUAUUUAAUCUGCAUGUUUAAGUUCACUUCAUUGAUUAUGGGUCGUACAGAUCUUUUAGCAGCACUCAUUAUCUAUUAGAAAAGAAAAGUUGAAUUUUUUGUAUUUGAAAACUCGCAAUAGAUUAUACACCAAACUUACCCGUUAUGACUUUCGAGCCGGAUUUUGGGAGUUUCUUUCAAUUAUGGAAGCUGAUAAGUGCCAAAGUAUAGGCGGGUCAGUGUACGCAGAGAAAGGACAUCGUUGCACACGAGUACGGCAGUUCCUUUGAAAAAGGGAGCAGACGAUUAGGCAACGUCCAGAUUAUUCGUGCGCCGGCGAUAUACCGUCGCCGUUCCGGCGUCGUGCCAGGACUCACAUGGAGUCGUACGGAUCGAUCGAUACUCCGGCGCGGAGCUGGCACGACACUGAAACGGCGCUGGCACGAGAAACUUUGGACCAGCCCUAGAGUGCUGCAAGUGCAUUUAAUUUGAGAAACACGUGCAACGUUCGCAGUGGCACCCCAUCUCUGCAUGCGACCAUUCGCCUAUGCUAUGCAAUCCCGAUUGGUCCCAAUGGUCAAAUAUAGCAAACGGUUUGGGUGCUUGCCAGAGCUUCUAUAUUAGUACUAGAAUUCUCUAUCUGUCAUAAUCAUCUAAAUUGCUGCUCGUGAGCAUAUUAUAGUGCUGGCAAAUGUCCAAGUCAUUUGCCCUUGCUAGCCAACACGCGUAGAUUACAGUGGAAGCGUGUUUUCUAUACAGUCGAGUGAACGCGCCACGCACUAUUUUUUGAUAGGUGAUGGACCGAGAAAUUGAAUCGAGUUAUUCUGGUGCUUGCAGGAGUAAUGAGAACUUCUCAUGAUAAUUAUCAAGGCCUUACCAUCCGUUUAGGAAUAAAAUCGAAGUGCACUAUGAGAUAGCCAUAUAUAAUGCACUAAAACUUCUCAGAAUUGAUACAUAUAUAUACAAAGUUGCUAUCUUUCCAUACUGAAGGUGACCAAAACCCGGCUCUAAAUUUUCUGGGGCAUUUUUUCUCAUUUUUGCUGCUGCACUUGCAUGCAUCUUAUCACUUUUGUAUGUUCUUUGUAUGGCUGUCAAUAAUUUAGUGCCACACUGCCUUGCUGAAUCGAUCGUUAACGGGUCAAUGCUUUUGUAUUAGAUCGCUUUCACUACACAUGAUCUGAAUUGCCAUGGGCAAACAUUGUUGCAGAUUUAUGGCUAUCCUUGCUGCUUUCUGCAAUUGCGUACAAAGUCAUAGUUUGCUACGUUUGCCCAUUGCAAAUCAGCGCAUGCGUUGUGUCCUGCGUGUACGUGUGUAGGUUGUAGUUUGACGUGUCGUUACUUGUUCAGACACGUCUCUAACGAAGCAUUGGAGAGCGAGUCUAACCGCGCGCGAAGUGAUGGCCUGCGUGGCGUGUUCUGUCGACGAGCUUUGCAUGAAUACCGUAAUCCGAGUGUGUGUGGACUACGGUAGCCAUGCGACGUCAGCCAACCCAACCAAAUGCAUGUGUGGCACCUGCAUAUUGCCCAAUAUCCAGCAGUUCGUCCGCCAUUCCUCGUCUCACGUCUCACUCUAAUCUUCUCGCUCGAAUGUCUCAGCACAAUUGCUUUCUUUUUUUUUCUUAUUUUUGUGUCCUCUAAAGUUGAUCUGCUCCGCUACUAGCCGAAUGUUGCAGUGAUUCGUGCGCACUUAACUGUUUUAUAUUAUCGAUUGUAAUGUUGAAUUGUACUUGUUAUCUUGUAGUAAGGCUACUAUCGUCUCUCGCAACGCUUUCACAUCACGUAGAUUUCCCUUUAUCCAAUUUCAAUGAUCCGGUUACAUUUGCUUGUAAGUAACGUACAACGUACGUCAAAGUACACUACCUAGGGUCGAAUAUUCCGUUGAUUACACGUUUGAUUGACCAUAAAGUUAACUAUAUGAUAAUUCGUGCAACCGAAAAUAUUUUUACUCAUGCUUUCAACAGUAUCGUAGCCCCCCCCCCACCAAUCAUGGCGUUUUUCGGUCAUCCAACAGCACUUCCUCUACUUUUUUCUGCACACACAGUCAGCUGAUUUUUAUCUAUCUUAUAUGAUGUUACUCGGUUGUGUAGGUGUUGAUUUGCAAGAUGCUCGUUUUUUUUAAUUUAUUGACUAUUUAUUACCGUGGUUCUAGACGUGUGUAGCAUCAGAAGUUAUAAUGUGGCAAUGUUCUCAUCGUUUACAAAUGACGCGUUCUGCAUUCCUUGAUGAGAUGAAUGUUUUUUCUUUGC